AUUAAAUAAUAAAUAAAUAAUAGUUAAAAUAAAUUGAAAAUAUAGAAAAAAAAAACAAAUACUUUUUUGUGUUUUGUUUUUAUGAAUAGUGUGUUGAUGAUAGUGAACUUAAAUAAACUUAAUGAUUAAAAAUAAAAAUUAAUAAAUAAACAAAUAAAUAAUAUAUAAAUGUAUUUAUAAUAAAAAUAUUAUAAAAGGGUAAUUAGGGGAUGCCUAGUCUACAUUCGCUCGUCGUACGACGAGCUAAUCCUCUAAUGGAAAUGGGUACAGCAACAAGUUCAGUAACAUCUGUUAAUCAAACAAUUAAAAAUCAACCAAAUACAAUGAAAAGUAAUAAUAAUAUAAAUAAUAAUAAUAAUAUAAAUAAUAUAAAUAAUAAUAUAAAAUUAGAUAAAAAAAUUAAUAAAUUAAAUGUUAUUAAAUUACCAUUAAUAAAAAAAGAAAAAAGUGCCAUUAAUUUAACAUUAAAUAAUGAUAAUAAUAAUAUUAUAAAUAAUGAUAUUAAUAAACCAUUAAUAAGACAUGAAAGUAGUGCUAGUCUUGAAGCAGCACGUAGUAGUAAUUGGAUUAAUAUUGGUAAAACAAAUUUACGUAAAUGUGAAACAACUGUUGGUCUUAGUACAUUAACUAUUGAUAGACCAAUUAAUCGUAGUAGAGUAUGUUCAAGAUGUUCAAGUUUAUUAUCAUUAGCAUCAAGUUCACGUUAUAGUCUUGCUGCUGGUAAUUUUGUACCAACAACAUCAACAACAACAUCGUCUUCGUCAUCUUCAUCUUCGUCAACAACAACAACAAUAACAACACCAAAAAAAAAUAUUAAACAAUAUUUAUGUAAAAUAUGUCUUGUUGAUGUAUCAUUUAAUCAAACAUUUAGAAUUGAAGGAUGUGGAUGUUAUUAUUGUAAAGACUGUAUGAAAAAUUAUGUUGAAUUUGAAAUUGAAGAAGGUGCAUAUGAAAUAAGUUGUCCAGAUUCACAAUGUGAUUGGUCAUCUGUAUUGACACUCAAGGAAAUAUCAAGUCUUGUAACACCAGAACUUAUGGAAAAACAUCAUAAAUUUCGUUUAAAUAGAGAUGUUUCAAUGGAUAAAGAUCGUGCAUGGUGUCCACGUGCUGGAUGUGAAACAAUAUGUUCAGUUAAAAAUGGUAAUAACAGUGAUGGUGAUAGUGGUGAUGAUGGUAGUGCUGUUACACCUGGUCCAGUACAUUGUCCAAAUUGUUCAACUGAUUUUUGUUCAAUUUGUCGUGAACCUUGGCACAAUGGACAGUGUCCAAAUUUACCACUUGGUAUACCAUUUGAUAAUGAUCAUAUUAAAUGCUGUCCAAUGUGUUCAGUACCAAUUGAAAAAGAUGAAGGAUGUGCACAAAUGAUGUGUAAAAGAUGCAAACAUGUUUUUUGCUGGUACUGCUUGGCAUCAUUAGAUGAUGAUUUUUUAUUGAGACACUAUGAUAAAGGACCAUGUAAAAAUAAAUUAGGCCAUUCACGUGCAUCUGUUAUUUGGCAUCGAACACAAGUUAUUGGUAUAUUUGCUGGUUUUGGUCUAUUACUUCUUGUUGCAUCACCAUUAUUAUUACUAGCAGCACCAUGUAUUGUUUGUUGUAAAUGUCGUGUUUGUGGCACAUCAAGACUUGAUCAAGACGGUGGUAAUCAUGAAGAUACAUCAACGUAAAUAACGUCUAAUCAUUAACUAAAUAUAUAUCUAUUUUUUUCUUAUAAUUUUUACUUAUUUUAAUUGUACAUUUGUUUUUUUUUUAUAAUUUGUUUAACAAGUAUUUGAAAUACUCAAUAUAAGACAAAAAAUAUUUAAACAAGGUUAUUUAAAGCUAAUAAUAAUUACACAAUUUAUUGUUAAUUAAUUUGUGUUGCAUGGCAAAAUGUACAAAAUGUGUGAAUGAAUUUCGACAGUUAUGAUGAUAAAAUUAUUUUUAUUUUAUUUUUUUUGUAUAGAAAUUAUUAUGAGGGGUAUAUUAUUUAAUUGUUUAUAAUAUUUACAUAUAUAUAUACUUCCAAAAGUCAUUAAUUGCCUAUCCCCGAUUAUUUAAUAUACAAGUUAUUUAUUUAUAUUUUUUUUUUCGAAUUUAAUACAUUUUUUUUCAUUAGUAUAAUAUGAAGCAUCAUUUUAUGCCAGUCAAAUAUGUAUAUAUAUAUUUUUUUUCUCCUUAUUUGAUACUGGUGGAAUGAAAAAUACACAAAAAAAAAAAAAAAAUAGAAACGUUUGACUUUAUAGAAAUGUAUUCGAAAUUUUCUUCCUUUUUAUACAAAAAGAUUUUUUUUUUCUUCCAAUUUUUUUGAUAAUUAAUUUAUAUUUUUGUUUUUUAAAUUAAAUUUUUUACAAGUAGAAUUUAUUUAUUGCAUUUUAUAGUUGAAAAAAAAAAUAAUUGUUUUUCUAUUUUUUUUGCCAUGUGGGAUAGGAAAUGAAGACCGAGG